AUGUCCAGUCAGGUGCGUUGUAUGAUUCUACGAACUCCAGUCACAUUCACGUUCUUCUGGAAUGCGUGUGCAGUCGGUGGUAUUGCCGUGGAACGCACAGUCGCCACUUUCUUCUCGUCAAAAUACGAACGAAUGGGCAGAGGACUUGCGAUUUUGAUUGUCAUCACUGAGGUAUAA